AUCUCUUUGUCUCCCCUUCUUCACUUGCUGUGCUAGUUCUUAGAUGCUUUAAGAUCUCUCUGUCUUUCAUUUUUUUUUUGGUAUUUAAAAAGAAAGAAAAAUGAAUAUUUCCCAAAACCCUAGCCCUAAUUUCCCCUUCUUCUCUGAUGAAAACUUUAUUAAUCCUUUCAUGGAUAAUUUCGAUUUCACGGAUUUGAUCUUCGACGUUAAUGAAGGAGGCAACAAUAAUGGAUUCAUCCAGGAGGAAACUUCAUCUCCGAUAAGCAUCGUUUCAUCGGAGACAUUUACCGGCGAAAGCGGUGGAUCCGGCAGCGGAAUAACGACGUCAAGUAAAAAGGAACCAACUUUUGGAUGCAAAAGUAGGGGAAGUAAAGACGGUGAGACGAAGGAGAUGGGCCAUAGAGUUGCAUUUAGAACGAGAUCAAAGAUUGAUGUGAUGGAUGAUGGUUAUAAAUGGAGGAAAUAUGGGAAGAAAUCUGUGAAGAACAACACAAACAAGAGGAAUUACUACAAAUGCUCAAAUGAAGGUUGCACGGUGAAGAAGAGAGUAGAGAGAGAUGGUGAGGAUGCAUCUUAUGUGAUUACAACAUAUGAUGGAGUGCAUAACCAUGAGAGUCCCUCACAUGUCUAUUACAAUGACAUGGUUUUGUCAUAUGAUCAUGAUAGUUGGAACCAACACUCUCUUCUUCAAGCUAUCCAACAAAUAUCUCCUCCAUACUGAGAUUAUUAGAUAACUACCAUCGUAAUCUCAAUGUAUUAUUGCCUUGUGUAAUAAUAAAAAGUUGGUUAUAUUGCUUAUAACUGUAUUGAUAUAAUGUAAAUGGUUAUGAAACCUUUUGUAGUUAUCUUUUUUUUUUGUUCACCUUUGUAGUUAUCUAGAUAUCAAAAUAUCAAUGUAUAUAUAGUUCAUAAUAUGCAGUAUUGUACUUAAUUUUAUAAAAUGUCUAGAAUGAUUUUUCCUGGA